GAACCCACCCGUCCCCUCCAUCUCCACCCCGGCACCCCCAUCUCCAUCCCCAUCCCCAUCCCCUUCGUCGCCUCUGCUCCAACUGCUCCUCGAUUUGAUCACCGAUUGGGGCCGAUUAGGGUUUACGAGAGUGAGGGAGAGGUAGGGUUCCGCUUCCGCGGGAGAUGGCGCAGGCGGUGGAGGAGUGGUACCGGCAGAUGCCCAUCAUCACGCGCUCCUACCUCACCGCCGCCGUCGUCACCACCGUCGGCUGCACCCUCGAUAUCAUCUCACCCUACCACCUCUACCUGAACCCGAAGCUCGUGGUACAGCAGUACGAGAUCUGGCGCCUCGUCACCAACUUCCUCUACUUCCGCAAGAUGGAUUUGGAUUUUCUUUUCCACAUGUUUUUUCUUGCACGGUACUGCAAGCUUCUUGAGGAGAACUCAUUUAGAGGGAGAACUGCGGACUUUUUCUACAUGCUUUUGUUUGGUGCUACUGUCCUAACUGGCAUUGUUCUAAUUGGAGGGAUGAUACCUUAUGUUUCUGAGACAUUUGCCAGAAUUCUGUUCUUGAGCAAUUCACUGACAUUCAUGAUGGUUUAUGUCUGGAGCAAGCACAACCCCUUCAUCCACAUGAGCUUUCUGGGCUUGUUCACCUUUACUGCUGCCUACUUACCUUGGGUCCUUUUGGGGUUCUCUAUCCUUGUUGGAAGCAGCACAUGGGUGGAUCUCUUGGGUAUGAUUGCUGGACAUGUGUACUACUUUCUGGAAGAUGUAUAUCCACGGAUGACUGGCCGUCGACCCCUGAAGACCCCGUCAUUCAUCAAGGCUCUGUUUGCUGAUGACAAUGUUGUUGUGGCACGGGCACCCAAUGCUGGGGUUGGUGUGGGUGCAAGGUUUGGCGGUAUGGGUCCAGAUCCCCAGGUCCAAUGAUGACCUGAGGCUGUGACAGAUGCAAGAGGCGGCAGUUUGUUUAUCUGCUCAAGUUGCGAGAUUGUACAAGCUAAUGUUCUUGUGUAUUUAUACAGGCUAGAUGAGAGUUAUUGUGCAUAACAAAUGAUUAGUAGUAUCUGAGGAAGCUGAGUUUCUCACCCCUUGGCAAGGCCGACCGAAAUGAUUUGUGAUUGCCAGACUGGCCACCUCAUGUUUCUGGAACUUGUUCUUGCAAUGGCUAACAUCUGACCUGUUAGGUUGGUACUCUUUCAUGGUAUCAUUGUAGUCUAGGAAACUCUUUCAACCAGAGUUAAGUUCGCUACUUUGGCCGGGAGAAUUUCAUCGAGCGUUGUAAUUGCAGAAUGGUGCAAAAAAUAGCUCUUAACAUUGUGGAUUGUAGUGGUUGUUUAUUUGCCCUCCC